UUUUAAUCAUAUCUUAGCUAUAACAAACAAUUAGUAACAAGCAUUGUUAAUUAUGGCAUCCUCAAUAUUACAAAACUAUGUUAUUGUUUUACUACUUUUAGCAAUAAUUCAAUUCAAACCUACUUCUAGCUCUUCUCAUCACCACCAUAAUCACUUAAAAUCUCUUCACUUUUCACUUUACCAACAUGAGACAAUAAACAAAACAGGAUAUAUCAUAGUGAAUGGUAUCAAACAAAGUGCUGGAGUAACUGAAACUACAACACCUUUUGGAACAUUAUUUGUGUUUCAAGAUCCUUUAACUCUUACAUCAAAUAGAUCUUCCAAACUUGUUGGAAUUGCUGAAGGUACUUCAAUCACAUCUAGUCUUGACGGGCUUCGAAGCAUUUCAAUUGCGAAACUAACUAUUCGGGUGAAAAAUUAUAAGGGUUCGGUUUCUAUUGUUGGUGGAACAAACAAUAUUAAAGUUUCGGAUCAUCCAAUUGUUGGAGGUACCGAAGAUUUCAUGUUUGUUCAAGGAUAUGUUACAUCUUCUCCCGUUGAUCUUACGGGUAUUACGGUUGUUUAUAAGAUUGAGUUUCAUAUUUAUUGGCCUCCUUAUGCAAUUCAAUCCUCAUAAGGUUACCUAAAAAUAUUCUAUAGUUUAUGUUUUUAUUGUAUAAGUACGUAGGGUCAAAGCAUCCAACAUCUUCCCAAUACGUUGUUUGAUGAUGUAAUGAGAGUUUCAACUCCUUAUCUUAUUUUCUUGUAAUUUUUUUGAGCUUAGAUUCUUCCGUAUUAAAUAAAGUCUAAUUAUUCAAGAAAAA